UGAACGAACGACACAUAUCUAGUGGUCACACUGAAUCAAAGCCAAAAACUUGAAUUGUCAUACUGUCAAAUAUUCUCUGAUUUAUUUGUACCUACUUGUUACCUAGUUUUGUUGUGUGUUAAUAUAUAAAUAUUAUCUGUUACUUUCGCUUUCUAGAAACUUUUAAAGAUGAGUGAAGAAAGCAAAGCUUUGACGGACAAGUCUGAAAGCAGCUCUUUCGAAGACUUAGCGGCUGCGGCUGCUGAGGAGAUCGAGGAAGCGAAACUUGCCGAAGCUGCCGCAGCAGAGAAGGAAAAAUCCCCAGAAGUAAAGAAUGACGAAUGGCAAGAUGUUCUUGGGUCCGGAGCUCUGCUUAAAAAGAUAUUGAAACAAGGGGAUGAAAUAUCUGGAUCCAGACCACAAAGAGGGGACAUAUGCAGAAUCAGCUAUGAACUCAAAAUAAAAGACAGUAACAACAUUGUGGAGAAAAGAGAUCAGAUAAAAAUAUAUUUAGGAGACAAUGAGGUAUUGCAAGGUUUGGACCUAGCAUUAACUUUAAUGUACAGAGGUGAGGAAUGUAUUUUGCAACUUGCUCCAAGAUUUGCCUAUGGAGAAAUGGGACUUAAACCAGGUGAGAGCCUUGGAUUAGUCGGACAGUGUGAUGAACCCAAGUAUAAAGGACCUAUUAUUGGACCAGACACAUGGCUUGAAGCCAAAUUAGUGCUGCAUGAUUGGUCAGAAGAACCUGAACACGAUGUAUUGUCAAUAGCGGAAAAAAUGGAAAUCGGAAUUCGUCGUAGAGCCCGCGGUAACUGGUGGUACGGUCGUGAUGAACCACAACUAGCGGUGCAGCUAUAUCGGAGAGCUCUCGACAUUCUGGACGAAAGCGAAGGAGGGAUCACUGAUCCCACGCCGUCUGGGGAACUCACAUUCGCUAACCAGGCACUGAAAGAGUUGCUGGAUGAACGACUCAGGGUUCAUAACAACAUGGCUGCUGCUCAACUCAAGGCCGGAGCUUAUGAAGCUGCUUUACAGGCCGUAACCAGAGUACUUUCAUGUCAACCGAAAAACGCUAAAGCUCUUUAUCGCAAAUCACGCAUUCUAUCUGCGAUGGGACGGAACCCUGAAGCCCUGGAGGCAGCUAAAGCAGCGGCGGCCGCAGCCCCCGAGGAUACUGGUGCUAAAAAAGAAUUACAACGAUGCGAACAAAGAGCUUCUAGGGAUCGUUCUGUGGAAAGGAAACUGGCUAAACGUAUGCUGGGCACUACUGACGUGUCGGCGAAAAGCGAUGCACCCUCUCCCGAUAAGAAACCUUCCAGGUCUAAGAUCCUAGUGUGGGGCUCGCUUCUGCUCAGCUUGUUGGUGGGUGUCGCCAGCGUCCUCGUAUACAGAUAUAAAAUGCAGGCGCACUGACGCGACGUUCAUUUUACGAUGUUUAGAACAUAUGUAAGUAAAUACCCUAUUAUCAGUACAUAAUGUAUUAUAUUCUAUAUUGUUCCCUCACUGCUGAGGAUCUCGACCACAUAUGACCUUCCUCCAUAGUGUUCGGUCAUGGGUGGCAUGGAUCGCAUGGUUCCAGACUAUUACCAAGUGCUUCUCUUACUAGAUCUGACCAUCUGGCUGGUGUUACUGGUAUACUGUAUUAAAACUUCCUAAAUACAACGAUCAGGAUACUAACCUGUGUUAUGUUUAUGGAUUUUAAAAAAACUCUUUCUAACCAGGAAAUGAAAAUUUUGGUAAACUAUAGUACAUUGUGCACCAAGGGAGACAAGUUGGACAUUGCCUCCCGCGUGUAAAAUAGCAAACACGUGGCAGGGAAUGUCCAACUUUUCUCCCGCGGUGCACAUACUAUUUUUUCUCCUACCAGGCCGAAAGUUCGUGAAGUACCGAGCCGGGGUCCAAGGGUGAAGCCCAGGUGGGGGCAGGGGGGCGGAGCCCCCCCUUACUCAUAAAAAAAAACCAAUUUCACUGUUUUUUUAUUUUUAAAUAGUACUACUACUAAUUAAAUAAGAACUGUCUGAUGAACUCAUCUUUGUUCAAUACUUCACUAUUAAAUUUUAUUGCCUUUUGUUUAUUUCACUUUUACACUAAACACAAUAUUGUAAAUUACCCGAGCACAACAAUGGCGGAGAAUUUUAGGUGCGUGAGAGCAGACGUAGACACUAACGCGCAUGCGCACUUGUACCCAGGGAGAAAAAGUUACACUUUCUUCCCUGUAAAGCGGGACGAAAACCGAACUUUCGGCGUAGGUAGGAGAAAAAAAUAAUAUUCAUGUUACUGGGAAAAUUCUGAAUUUUUUUAAAUAUUCAAUAGGAUCAGUAUCAAAAAUGGAACAUUUAAGUGAAUCAAGUUUGAACACUAUCAAUGACUAAAAAAAACAUUUCAUGCUAAACAUUUACCAUUUUCCAGUUAAUGGAGAUUUUGUUGGUGUGGAGUGAAUUAGUCGGUGGAAGGUGCACAUUAUACUUAAGGACACCAUAAUACGCUGAUACUACUGACUUGAUUACUAAAAGAUAUAUGACUUCAAUAUUCGCUGUUGUGUUAGUAUUAAUAAAUAUCACAGUUAGGCAUUGUUAUAUAAUAAACAAUAUAAUUAAACAAAACUCAAGUAGAACUUGCUGUCAACUUAGAUAGCUAACUUCAGUUCUAAUAGUAAGGAGUCUUGUUGAUGUGCUCAAUAUCAAUUUAUUAUAAAUCAAUAUUAGGAUGCAUACGUUUGAUGUUGAUAAUACUUGAUAUUAUAAAAAUUUAAAUCAUUAAUCAAUAUAAGAAGUACAUAUUAUCGAAAAUUACUUGAAAUAGAUGUAAAAAAAAAAUUCAGCUGUUACAUAAUAUGAAUAUCAUGUGAUUUUUAUUCGUCCCAUAUCCUUAGAAGUUGCAGUUUUAGUAUCACUUAGGUAAUUCUAUUCUUGUUUGUAUUGUAAAAAGGGUAUAGGCUUAGGUAAAUGAAUACUGCUUUGAGAAAACUAUUUACAAUUGCACAUUAUUAUUUUCCAUAAUAUAGUUUUUUUUUUAAUAAUUAUAUUUCGUUUUCGAGAUUUUUAAUAUUGAAAAGCCUUAGGGUAACAUAAAAUGUAAAGGCAAAAAUAUCUGUUGUAAUUUGAUUUAAAAUUGUGUUUUAAAUUCACUAGUCAUCAUUAAACUUUUAAACAGCCUGUAUAAUGUAUGUGUUUGUGUCAGAACUCACGACUGGUGCCAAACAUGUACAUAUGUAUUUAUUUGAUUAUUUAUAAUUAAUAUUAAUGAUACUGUAAACGUAUAAAAAUAUAUUUUUUGACUAUUUUCUACAUAAGAGACAAAGUCAUUCCAAUUGUAUUUUCAAGGAAUAUGUUUGAUAAUACUUUUUUUAUAUUUUUAUUUCGCUUCAAUCGUUUCGCUAAGAGCUGCAUUUAAAAUCUCAGUCUUGGGAGUUUUAACACAGUUUAAACCCUAAUAUGUAUAUAUAAUGUAUAUUUUUAUACUAUGUUUCUUGUUCGCAAACAUCAUCAAGCAUCACAAUAAUAGUUUUCAUCCUUCAAAAAAAAAAAGGUUCUGAAUAAAGAAAUUUAUCAAA